CUAAAAGCAUUAGGGAAGAGGAAAAAGAGUUAGAAGUUGAACUUAUAGGUCCAAAACAGCCCUUAGAACCUGAAAUUCAGCCUCUGGACUCUAAAGACCAGCCUUUAGAACCUGCAACCAGCAUCUUAGAUGAGGAUAAUGAGGCUGAAAAAUCUGAGGGAAAAGGAAAAACUGACCUUAGGGAUAGAAAUCCAGCCCUACCUCACCCUAAGGCACCCUUCCCUAGCAAAUUCUUUCAACCUAGAAAGCCUAAAGAAAUUGAUCUUGCACUUCUUGAUACUUUUAAGAAGUGAUGAUGUGCUUGAUUCUGUGUUGUGCAAUAGCCUGGACAGGGUAGAACUUGAAUGCUUAGAGUACAGCCUUCCUAGUGAAGUUUUGAACAUAGUUGAAUACCUUGCUGAGUUUGAAGAGUUAGAAAACCUUAGCCAACCAGUGUUUAGGGCUGAAUUACUUGAGAACAAACCUAAGCUAGCUCCAUCCCUAGUUUCUCCACCUAAACUUGAGCUUAAAGACCUGCCCGAAGACCUUAAGGCUAUUAAGUCAUAGGUGGAAGCAUGCCCUUUGGAGUAAAAAUCUGCACAGACAGGUGUGAAAUCUGAUCCAAAUCAGUAUCUCAGGUUUGGGCUUUGGUCUCCUUAAUCCUUUUGUGUUCGAAGUUUGGUUUCUGUUGGGAUAAUAUGCUGGAAAUCUGCACUUUGAUUUUUGCUUGCAAACCAAAUAGUAUGCCUUUGUGAUCUGAUUCUUGAGCUUAAAUGGUAAAUAUUUGCAUGGUAAUGCGCAAAAUUCUGAUCCAAAACAGCAGUUUCAAACACCUAAAGGUUGCUUUGUUGUGAGUUUUCAGUUCCUUAAAGCCUGGGUGUUAAAAAAAGUAGUCUGAAAAUUGAGACAUGUGCAUUGUUUACAGCUGAUUUUUGGAUACUAAUGAAAAGUUUUGCAUUUUGAAAAGUUAUUUAAGCACUUUCAUUUUGUUUUUGAAAGUGCAAAAAGGGCACAAGAAUUUUUUUUAGGAACCUAACUUGAAGCUUGAAAUCUGCAUUUCUUUAAAUCUGAUUUUUAGUUCUUCAAAGCUAAAAAGACUUGGUCUUAGCCAUGUUUUUGCAGAUUUUAGGUCCAUCGAGCACUUUAAGGAGGGAAAAGUGAUGAGUUGAUGCUGCGUAUACUUUGUUUUUUUAGUUGCAUUCCCCUCUCCCCUUCUCUCUUUGCUAAGUCCGUGCUUGCUUAAUAUUGCCAUUUGCAUACUAUAUAGAUGCAUUGGGGACUAUGCACAUUUUAAGUGUGGGGGGGGGGGGGGGGGGGNUGCUCAUGCUUGUGUCAUUGCUUUUAAAAAAAAAACUUUUGGGGCAAAAUUUUUUCAAAAAAAAAUAGGUUUUGGGUCCAAAUAUUUUUCAUUCUUAGUUGCAUAUCUCCGUAUUUAGAGCAUUGUUUUCAAAAUUUGACCCAAAAACCUCAUUGUUUUUCUUGGGGCUUAAUUCUGAAAGAUGGCAAGUGUAUACUUUAUAAAUCCACAUUGAGUCUUAUGCUCUUUUCUUGGUAAAAUGGCCCUUAAAAUGUUUGAAAUCCUUCUAGGAAUCCCAUAGAAUUUUGUUUUCUAGAACUGGCCAUCCACAUAUUAUCUAGAUGCUGCCUAAUCAACCAUUGCGUGAUAUUAAAAUCUGAAGAAAAAAACCAGAGAGAAACCAGUUUUAGGAGCCUUUUAUUUUUAGAAAAUUGAGUGAUUUUUAUAUUUUUAGGCUUAUUGAUGAACCUUGCUACCGCUGCUAUUGAGCCGUUCAAAACCAUAGGACUCCCCUAGGAAACUUUUUUGUAGCAGCUUUAGAGCAUUUGUUAGAACCCAAAAAAUCCACACCUUAGUUUUCCAUCCUUAUAGGAUUUCUAGCUCACUUUGUUUUUAAAAUGUGAAUGAGCAUAAAGUCUUAAGUGUGGGGGUAUUAAGUUCACUUUGUUUCUUCUUGAUGAUGAUAAAAAGAAAUGAUAUAUUCUUUUUGGCCCUUGAACGAGGACGUUCAACUCUUAAGUGUGGGGGUAUUUGAUAAGUCGGGUUUGGGUUAGUAUUUU